AUCGUCAAGGAGUAUGGCACACCCAUUUCUUUUAAAGUUUGUUAACAAGGUUUGAUCAACGAAUAAACUCUUAACGAACUUUAGUCGCAACCGAGGUGGGUGUUUUCCAGAGAGAGCGGUUUCAUUUUUGCUCUCAGCAUUCCUGAUGGAGUCUUACAGAGUGGGUGGCAUUCCGAACACUGGACUACAGCAGAGCUAUACUCAAUCCUCCCGCACAAGAGCUCAGAACAAUGGCACCUAUGGCCUUAGUAUCCGUGUCCAAGGGAUAGAUGGACAUCCUUAUGUUGUCCUGAACAAUCAAGACAGGGCACCAAAUCCCUAUGGAGGCCCAAAUAGUAAUGGUUAUAUAGAUCCAGAUGGCUCUUUUAUUGAUAACUACCAGGAGUAUGAAUUCAGGGGGCCUAGGGAGAGCCUGUCCGAUAGCCCAUUUGUGGAGUACAGAUCCCAGAAACAGAUGCAGCAUGGUGGCCCUCACAAUGGUAUGACCAACCACAAGGAGUCUCAGCCAAAAAAAACGUCCCCUUUGUUGAACUACCAGAGACAUCCAGAGCUCCUCAAGCCUUAUGAUCCAGAGAAUAACAACCUAGAGGGCUUCCAUGGUCUUCCAGCUCAGCCACUCUCUUCAGCUGGGUCCCCUCUCAGGUCCUCAAAUCUGGACCAGCCAAGAAAGUUUUUGCAAGAUGAACAGAAACAGGCUCAGCCCCAAAGCACGUCAGCUAAGACCCAGGUCCAACCUCAAACCAAGUCUCAAGUCCAACCUCAACCUCAACCCCAAAUCAAACCAUUUGCCCAACCUCAGACCCAACCACAAGUUUCUCCAUCCCAACCUUCUCCGCGUCUUCCGGUUCCACAGCAAUCCUCGGUGGCAAACAACCCCACAGACACAGCCAAGAUGUCCAGUAGGCCUCCUAGCUCGGUGAGUAGUGCCAAUUCCAGUCUGGAGCGUCGUCGACGGGAGCCAGAUGUCCUCCCCUUACGCAGACAUGACUCAAGUGGUCCAGUUUUGGAAUCUUCACGCUCCCGUCAUUCCUCAGUAUCCUCCAGUACCUCUGCCAAAACUCCACAAGAUGACCAGCUGGAAGCUCUCUAUGCAGACACCGUCAACCGCCAUGAGAACCGCCGUUACAUCCCCUUUAUGCCUGGCACAGGGCGCGACAUUGACACAGGCUCAAUUCCGGCCGUGGAUGAACUCAUCAGCAAGUUUGAUGGCAAAGAGAGCCAACAGCGAAGAGGACGAGCCGGACGGAGAAACCGCAUAAACCCAGAAGAUCGGAAACGUUCCCGUAGCGUCGACAGUGCCCUGCCUUUCGGCCUUCGAGGAGAUGCGGACUACUUGGAAGAGCUGAACAGGAAUCGAGGAAGGUCCACUGAGCAUCUCCUCCGCCCCUCCCAGCUAGUGCGGAGGGGAUCUGCAGCAAAAGAGUCUCCAAUCUCUCCUCCUUCCACCGUUGGGCGCAGAUCAAAUUUUAGAGAUUUAACACGGGUGAGCAGCGCUCCUGGGUCACCGCAGGGAACUGUGUCCAGUGCAACAGCAUCCAUCCUGGGAUACAAAAAGCCACUGAGUCGUACCUCCAUACUGUCCGCUAACAGCCAGGGGAAUGAGGAAGAGGCUGGAGCAACGCAGAUCCCAAAGACCUUGACCAGUGUGGCUACAACAUCUCUGUCUAAACCUGCCAGUAGCUCCAGUCCGAAAUCAAAGGCUGAGAUGGAGACUCAGGCAACACCUGAUCUUCUGAAAGGUCAGCAAGAGAUUUCACAACAAUCACAUGAAGAGACAGCUAAACAGAUCCUUUUCAAUUACCUCAAGGAUGGGAGUAAUGAUAGCGAUGACACUACCAAGAGAAAGGUCAACUUGGUCUUUGAGAAAAUCCAGACCUUGAAGUCGCGGGCUGCCGGGGGUGUGCAAGGGGACAACAAAUCUCCAGAUAUUACUGCCCAGACUAAGGCUUUGCAGGAACAGAAAGCCGAGCUGGAAAGAGAAGUCACCGAGCUGAAAAAACAACUGGAAGAGGAAAAGAAGAAACAGAAGAUUUUGAGUGAAGCUCACCAGAGAACAGGGGCAGGGGCGCAAGACCUUCAGAGAGAGUUGGAGAGGAGUAAGGAGGAGUGUGUCCGACUGAGGGAAAAGCUCACCAAAGCAGAAGAUGACCUGAGAACCACACUGGAAGAACUCUUCCAGGUGAAGAUGGAGAGAGAACAGUAUCAGACGGAAAUCAGGGACUUGCAGGACCAGCUGUCUGAGAUGCACGAUGAGCUGGAUAAUGCUAAGAAAUCGCAGGGUGACAGCGUGGAAAAAGAAGCUAUGAUGCAGGACCUCAUGCAGCUGAAGAUGGAUCUGCGGGAGGUGAUACUGGCAAAGGAGGAGCAGGAGGAAGUGCUGAGGAGGCGGGAGAGGGAGCUGACUGCUCUGAAAGGAGCUCUGAAGGAGGAGGUGUCCACUCAUGACCAAGAGGUGGAUAAGCUGAAAGAGCAGUAUGAAAAGGAGAUCCGGAAGCUUCAGACAACUGUAGAGGAGGCCAAACAGAGUGCUGCAGCAGCGUCUAAAGAGAAGGCUGAGGUGGAGGCAACACGUGAGGCGGUGGAGGGCCAGGCCGGCCGUCUCUCUCUGGAGAUCGAGCGCAUGCGCAGGAGGGCGCAGGAACUGGAGAAUGAGGUGGCCAAGCUGAACCGCAUCAUCGAUGAGGCGAAGCUUCAGGAAAACCGACUGAGCGAACGGGUCAACCGUCUGGAGAAAGAGAAAAAACAGCUGGAGGAGUCUUUAGCAGAGGUCAGGGAGCAGGAAGAGGAGAUGACCCGGGCUAACCGUGCUCUGACCACACGGUUAGAGGAUGUCCAGAGGAACUUGACCAGAAUGACCCAGGAACACAAAGAACUGGGGGAGAGACUGAAGGAAGAGAGGAGUCAGAAAGAACUCUUCAAGAACACAAAGAACGAAAUUGAAGAUGAGAGGAGGCUGCUGGACAGGACUGUGGAAAAACUUCAGAGAGAGAUGAGUGAGAUUGUGGAAGCUUCACAGUCCUCCACUCAAGAACUGCAGGAGCAGAUAGACGCGUAUAAAGAGAAGAACCGACGUGAGCUGGCCGACCUUCAGAGACAGCUCAGGGACGGAGGAGUGGAACUGGAGAGAUCUCGUCUGGCUGCAAAGUCCCUGCAGGAGGAGCUGGCCCAUGUGGAGGAUGACCUGCAGCAGUGUAAAAAGGAGCGUGAUGAGGCAGUUCUCAGAACCAAAGAACUGGAGCAGAAGGUGUUUGAUCUGGAGGUGGAGGCUGAGACCAAGGCCCAGGCUAAUGACAAGACCAGACAAAUCAAACUGCUGGAGGAUCGUAUUUCUCAGCUGGAGCUGGAUUUGGAUGAAGAGCGCCAGAGUGGAGAUCUUCUGAUGGACAGAAUAGACAGGAGUAGAGAACAGGUGGAGCAGAUGAGAAAUGAAUUGCUUCAGGAGAGAGCUGCGAAACAGGAUCUGGAGUGUGACAAGAUUGCUUUAGAGAGACAGAAUAAGGAUCUGAAGAGCAGGAUUGCUCACUUAGAGGGCUCACAGAAACCCAGUAAGGAGGGCUUGGUGGUUCAGCUUGAGACCCGGAUCCAGGAGCUGGAGGAGAGACUCGAGGCAGAGGAGAGGGAUCGUGCCAACCUGCAGCUGGUGAACCGUCGUCUGGAGAGGAAGGUGAAGGAAAUGAUGAUGCAGGUUGAUGACGAGCAUCACUCACUGCAGGACCAGAAAGACCAGCUGAACCUGCGUCUGAAGGCGCUGAAGAGGCAGGUGGAUGAGGCUGAGGAGGAGAUUGACAGACUAGAACACGCGAAGAAGAAACUCCAGAGAGACCUGGACGAGCAACAGGAGGCCAACGAACAGCUGCAGAGUCAGAUUAAAGCCCUACGCAGUGAAAUGAGGCGCAAGAACAACUCCGUCGCACGCGUUAACGACUUGGACGACGACGAGGAUGACGAUGAUGACAUCAGCACCGACGGAGAGACCUACUUCAGCUCUUCCUCUGGGUACAAACGCUCCAGCAGUCAGGACGCGCUCAUCUCCACCUUCCCUCUGUGAAUGAACACUGCCAAGGGCGGACAGUACACCUCCUUCACCUUGGUGUUUUCCACUCUCAACAAUGCCAUUCCAUCCAAGAGCUCUAUGGCAGACUUGCCACAAUAGAGCGCCAAAAUGGGACCAAACCUUUAUGCCUUUAUGUGAACAGAAUACGUCCAUAUUCCUCAAAUGAUGUUUGUAUCAGAAAUGUCUUUAAUAUCCCUUGUGAUAGUUAUGAGUAAAGGUGUUUUUUUUUUUGUUUGUUUGUUUUUUUUUUUAACGAAAGGUCAUUCAUCUCCAUGAGCUAUAUACUGUUAUUUAUUUAACUGUGGUGACAACAAUGAAGGAAUGACAGACAGAAGGGCAAUAUUUUAAGGGAAAUGUGCAUGAGGGAGUAUUUUAUAUCUUUUUUUUUAUUAUUAUUGUUAUCUUUUUAUAUAUAAAAGAAAAGAAGUCGCAAGGCACUCAAUAGACAGUUCUUUUGUUCUUGUGUAAAUAACAUUGCUAUUUUUCAUAAAGUGUUCAGAACUGAUGAAGAAAAAGAGGAAGGAGAGAAGGAGGAAGAGAGUUGCUAUACCAGCAAAGCUGAUCGAUUCCGUGCCAGUUUGGCACUUCUGGAAACUACCAGCUUCUCGCUGUAAUUAUGAACCUGCUCGGAUUUUUUUUUUUUUUUUUU